AUGUUACUGUGCCUUGUACUCGUCUUUGCCGAAACUGCAUCGGGCUUAAGCCGUAUUUCAGGACCUGGUUUUCAAGCUGUUAACUUUGCUAAGGCCAAAGAGGGACGAAAGUUGAAUGGAAGCGUGAUAAAAGAAAUGCAAGUUGAUACAGAGGGUGCGUGUAGGCGUCAAUGUGUCAUUGACGAGCAAUGCCGCUCUUACAACUUUGGACUCAAGAGGAAUAAAGCUCGGAAUUUCCUGUGUCAGUUAAAUGGUUCCGAUAGAUUUGUUGGUUUUGGUAACUUCACAAAAGAUGACAAUUUCAAGUACAGAGGAAUGGAGGUAAUUAACCAUCAAAAGAGAAAUACCUAGUUAAGGUGUUUCGAUAUAGUUUUUCAAAAGCCAUACCGAUAUUUUUCAAUCGCUUUAAAAGCGAUUUUAUCCUUGUCUGAUAGCUAUAAAAGUUGCACCAAUGAUAAACUAUAGAUUGAAAUUUGGCAAAAUGUAGGUUUUAAUAAAAUCGAUGUUACUAUGACAGCAAUAAACAAAAAACUUUGAAAUUGAUAAAGCCGAAUUUUGAGCGAUCUAGACCAGCUACUGAAAAUCCAACACUAGGAACUUAAAGUUUGGUAAUUAGCAAAUACCCUUCGUGGGAAGUAAAAAAUUCUGAAUGUUUGAAUUCGAUUAAAACGAAAAUAUAGUUCAGACCUUAAAUUGUCAAUAGCCGUGAUAAAUUAUUUAAUAAAACGUUAUAAAUGACACAAAUUAAAUUAAAUUCUUAAGUAGCGUCAGAAUGCUGCUUAAUAUCAUAUUUCGAUGCUCGGAAAUUUUGGUGUAUUUUCGUUCUUGCGAUCACUUAAAAACUAACCCUUUUCUCAACACCUGUCUAAGUGCAACUUCAUUCAAGAUUUGGACUUUUAGCACUUUUUUGUAUAUCUCUAAAACGACUCGAACCAUUUUUUUUUAAAUCUCUUCACAUAAUCUUCAUUAUUAUAUGGCUGAGUCUGUUUUCGCCAUGCGAUUGGUCAAUUUGCGGUCCGUAACUUGCUAUACGGACCAAAAUUUUUAAAGAAAAGGUUCAUUUCGGAGCUCUAAGUCUCUUUACCUAGGAAAAAAGAUUUAAAUAAAGUUAUAAGACGCCUGUCAACCUUGAAGACUUGGGUGUUGACUUUGGCCUUCAACAUUUUAAACUGUGUUUAUUUGUGAACGAAGAUGAUGAAGAAACAGAAACUCAUAGAGGGUUGAACAACCCCUUAUGAGUUUCUGGAAGAAACUAACUCGUAAUCUUAUCGACGAAGAUUCUAGUCAGUGUUUGAAAAUUUUAUUGUAGUACACAGUUAAGAAGACGAAAAUCGACUGGCAGAGAUUCGAGAUGUUUUGGCUAAGAUAAAAUGAGUAAUUCCUUCAACAAAUAUGAUAACAAACAUACCUGCACUGAUCAUCUUGAGAAGCUUCUUUGCCAUUUUAUUUUAAAAAAAUUAGUUCGAGUCGUUUCAGAGAUAUACAAAAAAGCGCUAAAAGUCCAAAUUUUGAAUGAAGUUGCACCUAGACAGGUGGUGAGAAAACGGGUUAGUUUUUAAGUGAUCGCAAGAACGAAAAUACACCAAAAUUUCCGAGCAUCGAAAUAUGAUAUUAAGCAGCAUUCUGACGCUACUUAAGAACUUAAUUUAAUUUGUGUCAUUUAUAACGUUUUAUCAAAUAAUUUAUCACGGCUAUUGACAAUUUAAGGUCUGAAAUAUAUUUUCGUUUUAAUCGAAUUCAAACAUGCAGAAUUUUUUACUUCUUACGGAGGUUAUUUACUAAUUACCAAGCUUUAAGUUCCUAGUGUUGGAUUUUCAGUAGCUGGUCUAGAUCACACAAAAUUCGGCUUUAUCAGUUUCAAAGUUUUUUGUUUAUUGUUGUCAUAGUAAUAUCGAUUAUACUUAAAUCUACCUUUUCACAAAUUUCAAUCCAUAGCCAAUUACUGGUGAAAAUUUUAUAGCUAUCAGACAAGGAUAAAAUCACUUUAAAGGCGAUUGAAAAAUAUCGGUAUCGAAACACCUUAACAAUGGCAACAUGUACAAUUUUUUGCUAGUUAAAAAUAUUUUUUGUCAGAGUGUCUGCUAGUCUGAAAGCUUUUUAAUAUUCAACACUUUGACCGGUUUCAAACUUUCUUUGUAACAACGCGCAACAAUAUUCAACAGAGUGUGCAGACGGACGCAACAUAUAACAUCCAAUAAUCUUGGGAGUUGUUGGCCAACAAUGUUGUGUCCGCUUGCACGGGGCUUUAGUUAUUUUCCUUGCCUUAAAACAGAGUGUCUGCGAGUCUAGCAACGUGGACCUUUGCGGCGACAAAGGAAUCUGCCUACCAGACUACUCCAAAGACAGCUUUACAUGUAAAUGUGACAAAGGCUACACAGGAACACGGUGCGGUAAGUUACAAACGUCCCAUCCCCUGGAUCUCUUCCACCUUGGGGGUUUGAAGACGAAAGAUUCUAAUCAUUUGUGCAUAAAAUGUGACUUGAAGUUGUUUAUUUAUCUGUUAGCAUCUUAUUAUUCCGAAGUAGUCUUUUACUCGUUUUUAUAUUAAGUUCAAAGUUAGGGAGAGAAAAGCUUUCUCGUGGUCCAAAGAAUGUUCAGCAAUUAUUAAACUGGGCAUGGUAGGAUAUGAAGAACUAUGCAGAUCGAGGAUUCAAAAUAAUUCCAAGUUAAGAAACAAGUUAAAGGGAACCUCCACUUCAACAAAAAGAUAACUUUAAAUCACAGGAAAUAACUGUUACAGUCAAGUCAACCUAAAAUAUUUUUAAAGAAAGCGUUUGUAUCGGAAAGAAAUAACUUUUAGAUUCACCUAUUUUUGUUUUCAAAUUUUGCGGGCGUCGCCAUCUUGAAUAAUUGUGACGUGUUAUGGUGCCCUAUUGUUAUUAAACAAAAGCUCUUUGUGUCAGAACAAUAGAGCAACCGUAACACGUCACAAUUAUUCAAGAUGGCGGCGCCCGCGAAAUUUGAAAGUGAAAAUAAGCGAUUUUAAAAUUCACUUUUCCUGAUAUAAAGACUUUCUUUAAGGACAAAUUUUGAACAAAUUUGUUUAUCAACAUAAUUUUAUUCGAUUUAAACUUAAUCUGUAGUAAGAGUGGAGGUUCCCUUUAAAACAUGUUUAUCUCCGUGGAUGUUACGUUUAUAUCGAUAAUGCAUCUUUAUCGGGAAGUUUAAAUGAUAAGGGCUGUUCAGGUCUGCAAAUAUUCUCCAAAUAGCAGAUGUCGUUCUUCGAGUUGUUUUCUUGCUGUUCUUACUAUGUUUUUAGACAAUAGUUCAACGUGAAACGAGUAAAAUGUUCCGCCAUCACUUACUUCGCCAUUACUCACUUCGAAAACAACUCAAACUUGUUCCCAGGUCUUCUUGGUUAACGGUUCAAUAACCUGCAUUUUCACCGCACUUUUGACGUCAUCGGUUCGAUAUGCCAAAAAUUUUCCAAAUUUGGUCAACAGUAGCUGGUUAUGAUGAAUUAUGCGUGUGAUUUUAGUCAAUCAGAAACAGAGAAAUAUUUUGAAUGAAUAAUAUAUAAUUUUAUAUGCGUGUAUUAAGUUUAAACAUAAGUUUAUUUGCAUAACCUAAAAUACCGUCAACUCUUUCUGAGACGGACAGUCAGGGCUUGUCCCAAAGAUGUCCGUCUUAGAGAAGGGUAAUUUUAAAGUUGAAACUAUACGCGUUGAAUAAACGUCUGUUUAACUUGCACAAAACAGCUACAGCUGGAACACUGCAACAAAAUUGGAGUUCUUUUCUUAUUGUGCAAUCAGACGUUCAUUACAAUCAAACCGCUUUCACGGCUUCGUGGUCUAAAAGCUUAACACUUUUCGCUCUGUUAACUACCAGAGCAAAACUACUUAAAAUAUCAAACAUUUUGCAGUUUAAGUUACUGUCAUGUAGAGCACCUACAUUUCCGUUUUGAGGUCGUUGUCACCACAUAAAGCACUUCCAAAUUUGGCCGUUGACGGUUUCAAAAGUGUCGGUUGUCCGUCUUAGAGAGAUGUCCGUAUUAUAGAGAGUAUGGUUACAGUAAAAUGACUGGGACCAACUUUAGGCGCCCGUCUUACGGAUGAAUCCGUAUUAUAGAGAGCAUGGUUACAGUAAAAUGUCUGUGACCAACCCUAGGUGUCCAUCUUAGAGAGGUGUCCGUAUUAUAGAGAGUAUGGUUACAGUAAAAUGACUGGGACCAACCCUAGGUGUCCAUCUUAGAGAGGUGUCCGUAUUAUAGAGAGUAUGGUUACAGUAAAAUGACUGGGACCAACCCUAGGUGUCCAUCUUAGAGAGUUGUCCGUAUUAUAGAGAGUAUGGUUACAGUAAAAUGACUGGGACCAACACUGGGUGUCCAUCUUACAGAGGUGUCCGUAUUAUAGAGAGUAUGGUUACAGUAAGAUGACUAACGUUACAGUAAAAUGACUGGGACCAACCCUAGUUCUUACUAGACAGAAGGCCGUCUUUUAAAGUUGUCCGUUAAGAGAGAGUUUACUAAAAACCGAAAGGGAGAUGGAAGAAUUUGAGACAGUACUAGAAAGCUUAAGGCGGCUCGGUUAUCUCAAAUUUUGGGUCAAAACUUUUUCAGCUUUAACGCAAAGGCUGAGAAAGUUUAAAAAGUCCGAAUAUACAAUUAUUUUUGAAAAGGGAAGUACAACCUGUUUCACGAUGUGUCAUCUUGACGCGCAUAUAUCAUAUAGUUUACGACUCUAAUUUUAACUCAUUUGAAUUAAGAGUUGUAAAAUAGUUUCCAAAUAAUGAUAUUUGUCAACGAUUAUCUGGAAAAAAGUUCACACCCAAACUCUUUUGCCUCUUUUACAUUCCAGAAUUAAUCAUAGAAGACUGCUCUAAACUUGGUCAAAGUGGUUUGGCAUCUACUGGAAUCUACUACAUCAACCCAGAUGGUGGCAGCCCAAUACAAGUACUGUGUGACAUGACUACAAACGGUGGAGGUUGGACCGUCUUUCAGAGACGUUUAGACGGUUCGGUUGACUUUUUUCAGGGCUGGAAAUCAUACAAAAAUGGGUUUGGAAAUUUAAGCGGUGAGUUCUGGCUUGGAAACGACAAUCUUCAUCGCUUGACAGCCUCUGAUGACGUCAUGCUUAGAGUUGACCUGGAGGACUUUGACGGCAACAUAACAUACGCAGAGUAUACAACAUUUCAAGUAGCGAACGAAGCAGAUAAAUACAGGAUUGCGAUUGGAGGAUACAAUGGUACGGCUGGUGACUCGAUGGUAGAUGACGGAGGGCACACCCAAAGGUAAGCAAAUAUUUCGGUGGUAAUUAAUUUGUAGCAACAGAAAAAGACACACGGUCAACACAGCGCUUAUAAGCUCUUCCACUUUAUUAUAAGCCACCUCCGGACCAGUUAUAAACCCAUCUAUAGACCCGUAAACCAAAACAUACAUCCAAUUACAAGCCUCCGGAUAUAAGCCCCUUACGAAUCUAUUGAAUUCGAUUUAUUAUGACAUUUUGAAGGUUAAUUUAAAAAAAAAAGUAAAUGCAAGACCUAUUAGGACUGCUAUAUCUUGUUUCAAGGCGCUGUUUCUAUUUCGGGUAUAAAACAGCUCGGAUAUAAGUCCCUCCGUUUAUAAGCCCUUCUUAAACCCCUGACGAAGAUGUAUAAGCCCAGGGAUAAGCGGCCGUUUUAUGGUAUCAAAUCAACAAUCUUUCAGUAAUAUAAUUUCCUUUUAAGCCCAUCUUACACUGCUGCAAGAGCCCAUAACCCGGAGUGAGCAACUCCCAUGCGAGGCCUAUGUCACGGCGUUUUUACGGACCAGUUUAUUUUUAGACACAUUUUAGGGCACUUUUUCCCGCGAAAAUAGAAUCUCGACCAUGUCUAUGAGAGCAUUCGUUAGGUCUGUAGGUUUUGCUGACCGGUUUGUGGAAUUUAAAAGAUGUUCAAAAUUGGGCGCUAAAACCGUUCUAAAAAUUAACUGGUCCGUGAAAACGCCGUGACACGAGCGCAUGGAAGUUGCUCACUCCUGACUGCUGUUACGAUUCUUUUUACCCUUACGAUAAGUGAUCGCCAGCGCCGACCACCUUAGAUACCUUCUCCCUCUUAUUCAAAUCAUCUAUUAGUUGGUUAAGUCUCGUAUACUCUUAAGCGACCACAGCCACAUAAGAAGCAUCUGUAUCUGAACUGAAGGGUGCAGCAGUGAGCUGUAAUGCACAAAGCCUUCACUUCGGAAGCAUGAUGCCUAUUGCGCGAAUGUAAGGAUGGAAAGUUUUGCUUGAAGAAUCCGGAAUCCGGAACAAAUUCGCUUGUGGAAUACGGAAUCCUGGUCUUUGGAAUCCGGAAUCUAGCUCAAUGAAUUCGGAAUCCCACCAACAAUUGGAAUCCUAAAUCCAAGUUCCAGUUUUUUAAAAAAUGAGGAAUCCAGUACUGGAAUCUGGAAAUCCACAGCGUGGAAUCCAAAAUCCAAGACCGUCCCUUACAUGGGGUGACUCGAAAAUUUGAACUCCAAAUCCACCUUGAAAUCCAUCUCGAAAUCCAUCUCGAAAUCCUAACUCGGUAAAUAAAUAACCUCCUGACAAACAAAUCUCUUUGUAAAAUUUGUGCCAUUAUCAAACUGUGACCUUUUCCUGCAGUAACUUACAGUUUUCAACCAAAGAUGUCGACAAUGAUCGGGCCCCUGCCAAUUGCGCUGUUUCAAAGAAAGGAGCAUGGUGGUACCAUUCCUGCACUUUGGCCAAUCUAAAUGGUUUGUAUCGUCGGGGAUCUUAUAACACCAGGCACCCUAACGACGGAGUAAGAUGGGUCACGUUUAGAGGACAUUAUUAUUCGUUGAAACGCACUGAGAUGAAAUUAAAACCUAAACCAUAAAAUGCAAUGGUAUAGGCUCUUUGCAUGAUUUGAUCACGUGAUCAACUUUCGGUAAACACG